CACCAAGAGACGACAACAAAAAAAUGUAGCCCUUGAAAUGGCGACAUCAAUCCCGUUCCGAUACUACCAAUAUUGAAUCGAUCCGCCCACCCCAUCGUGAUUUCACAGGCUGGUCUUUAAUUGAUGUAACAAAGAGCAGUGAAAAACAACCAAGUGGAUGGGAAUCUGCUUUAUGUAUCCGCAUUAUGUAUUUAUUUUAGAUAUUAUAUAUGUCAUGGAGAACAUGUAGUGAAAACACUGGUUGACAAACUGAAGUGUAACGUGCGGGCGAUAGGACCUAUGUGGACGCUGAUGUCAUUGUUUCUCUUUCAAGAAAAAGCAAACUUCGUUUCUAACAUAUCAUGAAAGUGUGGCCAUGGCCGAUGUCAAAGUGAAAUUGGAAAGUCACGUGGAGGAGGAUGAAUGGCUGCUUGGAGGAGUGAUGGAUUCAGUGGUGAAUCCGCUUCAGUUGAGUUUGGGAGGGGAUUACAGCACAGUGGAUGAGGAUGAUGUCAUCAACAACUAUGAGACUAAAGUUCAGCUCAUUAAAGAGGAACGGAUACAGGCCAUGGAGUUGUGGCAGACAGCAACUUUGGAGCUUGACCGUCUCCAGGAGGCUUACGAGCAUCUUUUCACUGUUGGGCUGAAUCCCAAUGUGAAGACCAAUUCUAAUUUGUUGAAGACAACGGCUGAGCAAAGCACAGAAGUGGAAGAGCUCCGUAGUCAGCUCAGAACAACCAAGGCUGAUCUGAGAACUGCUGUCGCCAAAGCUGAUGAAAUGACACGGCAGCUGCAGUUGGCUCAACAGCAGCUAAAGAGACAGGGGCAAGAUGUAGCAGAGGCUCAGAGUCAAGAGGAAGCCUCACAGAGACAAAUCCAACAGCUUCAGACAGCCAUCAGCCAGCAAGAGGACAGGACAAAAGCUGCAUCUCAGGAGGCAGAGAAUGUACAGAAAGCGCAAACUAUGUGGGAGAAAACAUCGGGGAACCUGAAGGCCCGUUGUGCUACUUUAGAAAAGGAGAAGUAUGAGGCUGUGGACAAAGUCAGAGAGUGUGUGCAGAUGGCUGAGGAGGCAGCAUUGCAGAGGGAUGAGGCUCUCUUAAGAACAACACAAUUGACAGAGGAACUUGAGAAGACAAAGAGGAAGUUCCAACAAGCCAUCCAGGAUGCUGCUGUCUGUUCCCAGAAGGAGGUAACUGAAAUGCGAGAGCAGUGCAACACUGAAAUACAAAGUAUGGCUGAGGAAUUGUCUGUGUUGCAACUGGAGUGUGCCGACAAACAGUCUCAAAUUGAAAGGUCCAAGCAGGAAAGAAGAACUUUGGAAGAGGAACUUGAAAAGGUGACGAAAGGCAGGGUAGAACAAGACUUUGGGCAAAUUAGUGCCCUUCAUCAGAGGUGUCUUAAUGCAGAGCAGAUGAGGGAGGAAAUGAGCUUCACUUUGCAGAGUACCCAAAGCAAACUAACAAAGCUAGAAACCGAACACAAUGAGGAGUUGUCCCGCAGCCAGGAGGAAGUUGAGCGGCUGCAGGGCUGUUUAGCUGCAGCCCGAGGAGACUGUGUCAGAAUCAGCGACGAGCGCCUCCAGUUACAGCAGGAGAACGUGCAGUCCCGUAGGGAAAUGGAUGAGCUGUUCAAGACAUAUGUGCUGAUCCAAAACAAGGCCAAACAACAGAUGAUGCAGAUGGAUCAAGAAUACAGCAAAAAGGAGAAGACACUUAAAGCACAGAUGAGUCACUUGGAGAACAGUAGUCGCAGCUCAAUUGCUGAUCUGAUGCACCUUCUCACCGCACAACAGCAAAGUAUUCAGCGCUGGAAAAUGGAGGCCCCAAACAUAGCCCAGGCUUUUGAAGGCCAGAUUAAAAAUCUGUUGGAAGAGCUGAAUCAACAGCAGCAUUGGUCACUUGCGUUGGAGAUACAGCUCAGAAACAACAACGAUACGAUUGCUGAGUAUGAGAGACAGCUAGCAGAAUUUCAAGAGAAGACCAGUCGCCUCCAGAGACGUCUGACUGAGGUUGAGCAACGUGUAACUACAUCUUCACAACAGGUGUUUCAAAGCAAUACAAAAGGCGUUCAUGGCACUUCCAAUGCUGAUUAACAUGUAUGAUGCAGGAGGGCACUCACGGAAUGCUUGGCCCACGCCUGACAGCAGUAAUAUCAAGUGCUGACCAUGUCUGAAAUGAAAUGGCACAUUUAUUGUUCAGUUGGGUGUGUCAGUAGACCACGCCGGAUCGCAUGAAAGCAACGGAACUUUGUACUUACGGACAAACCUCCACCUCCAGGUAAUUUUCUGUUGUACUGUCAAGAAAGAAGGACUCCACAACUGAGGAGACAAAGGAACAAUCUUUUCAUUCUUGACAACAAUUUUCAAACUGUACUAUACUACUGCAGUCAUGUGGGAAAUCCCUUGGGUUCCAGACCCGACCAUGAUAAGUAAAUUUCCGCAAAGGUAGGACUCUUUAUUCAUAAAUUGACUCUUUUCAUAGUUUGAGCAUAGAAAACCUGUUCAAUUACAGUUUGAUAGAAUGUUAUUAAAAACACACACACACACACACACAAAUAAACAAUACACAUAACAAAUACUUUCUUUGGCCAAGCCAAACAUUACAAAGUGCAUGUGCAAGCUCUUUGGGUCGUGGAUGCUAUUGUUGAGAGCAAGAGACUUUGUUCACAUCAGAGUCGGUGCUUUGAGAGAAAGAUACACAAUGUAACUAAUGGCAGCUCCUCCAGGAAAUGAGCUGUGGUCCCUGAGAUUAUUGAAGUUAUCAAUCAUGGUUACAAUUCAAAUGAUAAUACGAACCAUCAAGAUUUUACUGUGGUUAAUCAUUCAUACCAGUAAUCGUUACAUCCACCUCAACCGUAGCCAUUGCUGGCUACGCAACACUACGCACCAAUCACAUAAUCUUUGGCGCGAACUGGCACCAACUGGCGCCGGCCCAGUGGACUCCUAGCAUCAUUGGCGCAAUGUGGCUCGCGCCGUUGCAUCAUUGGCGCAAUGUGGCUUGUGGUUAACAGAUGGUCAGGGCACAAUAUUCUGUGUUGUGUUUCUUCUUCUUAUCUUUGCAGAGGUCAUUGGGGGAGAACCAAAAGGCCAGGAAGGUCUUAGGUAUUUACGGUUAUUUACCCCGGAGGCAAUAGAGAUAAUGGGGUGAAGGAGGAAGUAUCUGGUCGGGGAACGGGAUCCUGGUCCAUCCCCCACACAUACCCCCAACUCCACCCCAUCUAAGGAGAUCUACAAAAAGCUCUGGGAUGCAAGAAUCGGGGCUGACUUUCCUUCUUAUCGUCGGGAGGCUGCAGGCGGAUAUUGGAAGAGAAACUCAGCCCAGGAUCCUGUGUUUUUGUGAUUUUAUUCUGUCUGGCCAAUUUUACAAUACAUGAUGUUAACUUUUACUAGUGAGUGAGUUUUAUUCCUUCUCAUAAGUGGAGGUUAACGAAUACGCUUGGGGAGAUGAAAUUUACUUAAACAAGUGGUCUUGGAGGCCUCAAUUAGGUUGCGGAGAAUUCCAAUAGGCGGAUUGUUUGCAACAUUUGGUUCCACUUGGUGGACACAUCAAGCAAUCGGUGCACCAAAGAUACUAAUUUUUUUUCCACCGUUACGGGCCACCACGAGCCAGUUGGGAGGCAGUUUGAGCCACUGCAUGCCACUUGGCUCCCCAGCAAAUUGCGUUGGCUUGAACUGGCACCAACUGGCCCCAGUGGACUCUUAGCAUUGGGGAUUAUCGUGCCUGUGUGAGACCUUCAUACAUGCAAUAAAAGCCUG